AAAAUUAUCAAUGAAACAGCCAUUUUGAAUAUAGAAAACUUUGCCAUCGUAAAAUGGAAAGGGUAAAAUGGGCAAAAAGCCCAUAUGGUUGGUGGGUCGGUUGGUAAUAUCGCCCAACUCAGUGUCGUUUCUUUGACAUUUACGACUAUAAAAUCAUACCUGAUUUCUUUUUCAAACCCGAAACCCUCCACCAACUCUGUCUUUCUGGUGAAGAAAACAGAGUGAGCGUCUUACUCAUCUUCAAAGAGCAGAACAAUUACAAUUUACGUCUACAUUUCUUAUCUGAGUAAUGGAAUCUGAUUAUGGACUUCCUAGAGAGCUUUCUCAUCUUCAAAAGAGUCGUUCGCUUUAUCAGCCGGAGCUUCCUCCCUGCCUUCAGGGAACUACUGUGCGAUUAGAAUUUGGUGAUGCAACUACUGUGGCAGAUUCAUCUGGUGGCCACACUAUCAGUCAAUCGUUUCCUCACACAUAUGGUCAGCGUUUGGCUCAUUUUCUUAGGGCAACAGCCAAAGUCCCUGGUGCUCGGAUUAUUAGCACACAUCCUGCACUGAGGGUUGGACUGGAUUUCUUGGUGGUUCUGAAGGUUUAUUUGCUCAAAAAACUCUUGAGAUCACAGAUGAUGUUCUUGCAACCUAUAAAAAUCAAGGUGGUUAUGAUCUUCUGGGGACGCACAAAGGAUCAAAUAAGAACAACAGAACAAGUCAAUUCUGCAAUGGCUGCAUGUAAUGCUUUAAAGUUGGAUGGCCUUAUCAUUGUUGGAGGGGUGACAUCAAACACGGAUGCUGCUCAGCUUGCUGAGACUUUUGCUGAAGAAAAAUGCUCCACAAAGGUUGUUGGGGUACCUGUUACUUUGAAUGGAGAUCUUAAGAACCAAUUUGUUGAAGCAAAUGUUGGUUUUGAUACAAUUUGCAAGGUUAACUCCCAGCUAAUCAGCAAUGUCUGCACAGAUGCACUUUCAGCAGAGAAGUACUACUAUUUUAUUCGACUCAUGGGUAGGAAGGCAUCUCAUGUGGCCUUGGAAUGCACCCUACAGUCACACCCAAACAUGGUUAUUCUUGCUGAAGAGGUUGCUGCUUCAAAACUUACUAUAUUUGACUUAACAAAACAGAUUUGUGAUGCAGUCCAAGCCAGGGCAGAAGAAGAGAAGUACCAUGGUGUUAUCCUACUUCCAGAAGGUCUUAUAGAAAGCAUACCUGAAAUUUAUGCCCUUUUGCAGGAAAUCCAUAUUCUUUUAAGACAAGGUGUUUCUGUUGAUAAAAUAUCAAUGCAACUCUCACCUUGGGCAUCUGCUUUAUUUGAUUUUUUACCACCAUUUAUUAGAAAACAGCUUCUCCUCCAUCCAGAAUCUGAUGACUCGGCACAGUUGUCUCAAAUUGAAACAGAGAAGCUUCUUGCUGAACUCGUGGAGGCAGAAAUGAACAAACGCCAGAAAGAAGGUUCAUACAAGGGGAAGAAAUUCAAUGGUAUCUGCCAUUUUUUUGGGUAUCAAGCUCGAGGCUCUUUACCAUCAAAAUUUGAUUGUGAUUAUGCCUACGUGUUAGGACAUAUCUGUUACCAUAUUCUUGCAGCUGGUCUGAAUGGUUAUAUGGCGACUGUAACUAACUUGAAGAAUCCUUGUAACAAGUGGCGCUGUGGUGCUGCUCCUAUAACCGCUAUGUUCACCGUAAAGAAUGAUGUUGGUGGUUCACGCGCAAUGACAAUUGGAAAACCGCUUCUUCAUCCUGCUAUUGUGGAUUUGAGAGGCAAAGUAUACGGGAUGCUGAGAGAAAACGCAAGAAAAUUAUUGUUGGAUGAUAUUUACAGAAACCCGGGACCACUUCAAUUUGAUGGGCCGGGUUGCUGAUUCACGGGUCGUGAGUUUGUAUGUUGAGGAUCUUGAUUAUAUGGGUCGUAUUAAAGAACUAAAUGAAUAUCUUGAAAAGGUACGAGGUAUUGUGAAACCGGGUUGUUCUCAGGAUGUUUUGAAAGCGGCUUUGAGCGCCAUGUCAUCAGUCACAAAUGUUCUGUCCAUCAUGUCCUCACCUACUAACACAAGUGUUUAGAUUAGUAGUUUCUUUUAAUAACCUCAGGAAGACGUGGAAUGAUAUUCUAAUGCUUCACUCUUGUUAUUUUUUUUAAUGAUAAAUUAACAAAAUUGUGUGAGGAUUGAGUUAGAUUGCUUCCAUAGCACAU